GUGCCGCGCCGCGCUGCCGGCAGAUGCGAAACGAUGGCGAGGCUGACGGGCACCCGGCCCACAGCUGCCCGCCGCUGGGGCUGCGCAGCCACCGCUUUCCUCCUCCUCCUCCUCACCGUGCAAGCUGCCCAGAAAGCUGACCUGGGCGGCGAUGCCACUGCGGCCACCAUCAACCACUCACUGACGCUGCUGCAGAGGCUGCAGGAGCUGCUGCAGAACGGCAACAGCAGCGACUCGGUGCUGCGGGUGCGCACGGCUGCCUCCGAUGAGGCCAAGGUCUUCCACACCCAUCAGCUGCUGCUCAGCCUCCAGAGUGAGGUCUUCGAGGGGCUCCUGCGCAACCAGAGUGUUGUCACCCUGCAUGAGCCGCCCGAAACUGCCGCGCUCUUUGAGAAGUUCAUCAGGUACCUGUACUGUGGGGGGGUGUCUCUCCUGCUGCACCAAGCCAUCCCCCUGCACCAGCUGGCCAGCAAGUACCGGGUGUGGGGACUGCAGCGUGGCGUGGCCGACUACAUGAGGAGCCACCUGGCCAGCGAGUCGAGCCAGGGCCACGUGGUGGGCUGGUACCACUAUGCUGCACGCAUCGGGGAUGCAGCGCUGCAGGAGAGCUGCCUGCAGUUCCUGGCCUGGAACCUGUCGUCCGUGCUCGGCAGUGCCGAGUGGGCUUCGGUCAGCGUGGAGCUGCUGCUGCUGCUGCUGGAGCGCUCCGACCUGGUGCUGCACAGCGAGCUGGAGCUCUACACCGCCGUGGAGGCCUGGCUGGCCCGGCGGCAGCCCGAGGAUGCUGUGGCUGAGCGGGUGCUGCGUGCCAUCCGUUACCCCAUGAUCGCUCCCAGCCAGCUGUUCCGGCUGCAGACGCAGUCGGCGGUGUUGGUGCGGCACUACGGCGCGGUGCAGGACCUGCUCUUCCAGGCCUUCCAGUUCCACUCUGCAUCCCCUCUGCACUUCGCCAAGUACUUUGACGUCAACUGCAGCAUGUUCCUGCCCCGCAACUACCUCGCGCCCAGCUGGGGCUCCCAGUGGGUCAUCAACAACCCGGCACGGGAUGACCGCAGCACCAGCUUCCAGACCCAGCUUGGGCCCAGCAGCCACGACUCCGGCAAGCGGGUGACCUGGAACGUGCUCUUCUCGCCGCGCUGGCUGCCCGUCAGUCUGCGCCCCGUCUACUCGGACUCGGUGUCCAGCGCCAUCCAACCGGUGCGCAUCGAGGACGGCCGCCCGCGCCUCGUCGUCACGCCAGCCACCAGCAGCCCCGACUUCGCCGGUGUCAGCUUCCAGAAGACGGUGCUGGUGGGCGUGCGGCAGCAGGGCCGCAUCUUUGUCAAGCACGCCUACAGCUUCCACCAGAGCUCGGACGAGACGGCUGACUUCCUUGCCCACGCCGACCUGCAGAAGCGCACCUCCGAGUACCUCAUCGACAACGCCCUGCACCUGCACAUCAUCAUCAAGCCCGUCUACCACUCCCUCAUCAAGGUGAAGAAGUAGUGGGGCUGUGGGCAUGGGGCUCUGCCUCCUCGUCCGCUCUUUGUAGGUAGAUGGGGGCCCCUCUGCUGCCUGCCUCUCCCCGCUGUCCCCACCGCCAUCCCUGGGUGCUGCGGGGAGCACAGGGGACGUGCAACCACGUGGCGUGGGGACAGGGACAGCCCCUGCAGUGCCACCUCUGCACCGACAUGGCCGCAGCUUGGGGUGCGGUGGGAUGGGGGUCCAGCUGCCUCCCCCAGCAGAGGACACUUGUGGAGCACAGCGCCUCGUUCCUGCCUGGGUGUCCUUCACCUCCUUCCUAAUAAAAGCAGAAAAUGGG